AUGCUCCUCGCGACGCCGCCGCUCCGCGCGGCGUCGCUCCGCGCGUCGUCGAGCGAGGGCGUCGCCGGACGCGCGCGCGCGUCGACCGCGUCGUCGAUCGCCAGCUGUCCGCGUCCGAAGAUACGGCACCGCGUCGACGCCGUCGUCGUCGUCGUCGCCCCCGCGCGGUCGCGUCCUCGCGCGGGGAGAAGCGCCGCCGCCGCCGCCGCCGCGGGGUGGUCCGGACGCCGCGGGCAUCGUAGCGGCGCGGCCGCGCGCCGCCUCACCCCGCCCGCGGCGCUCCCCGAGUGCCUCUUCAGCGUCGGCACGGUCACCGUGCUGCCGCUCUACGCGUUGAUGAUCGGAUUCCCGAGAGCCGAGCUCAGCGCGCGCGUCAUGUCGUCCGCGCUCCCGUUCGCGGUCAUGGGCUGUCUGUACGCGUCCGCGGCGUUCCUAUCCCUCCAGAGCGCGGGCGCGUGGGCGCUCGUGAACACGUUCGUCGGCGACCUCGUCGGCGCCGCGUCCGCGGCGUCGUCGUCGGCGACGGCGUUGUCGUCCGUCGCGGACGGCGGGCUGACGUUGCUGUCGGGGUUUCUCGCGACGACGGAGACCGCCGCGAGCGCGUGGUUGCACCUGCUGACGCUGGAUCUGUUCGUCGCGCGGAGCGUGUACUUGGACGCGCUGAGGACGAACGUGCCCGCGGCGCACUCGCUGGUGUUGUGUUGCAUGUUCGGGCCGUGCGGGUAUCUCGCGCACGCGGCGACGAAGGUAUUUUGCGAUGGACGACGACGACGACGAAGACGCGAGGGAGGGGGGAGGGAAGGGACCGGGUCGGGGGGCGAGACGUCGAGGGGGUGA